AUGCCUACAAUGUGGCUUUCAGAGACCCAAAAGAUCGGCGCUAUCUUCUGCACCGGUGGGGGUUUGUUUUUGUUUGGUGGAGUUGUGAUGUUUUUUGAUCGCUCGAUGCUUGCCAUGGGAAACAUCCUCUUCCUUAUCGGCCUCACCCUCAUCAUCGGCUUCCAAAAGACACUCGCCUUCUUCUCGCGCCCUCAGAAGAUCAAGGGUACCGCUGCCUUCGCCGCCGGAAUCCUACUCAUCCUGUUUAAAUGGGCCUUUAUCGGUUUCUUUGUCGAACUCUACGGUAUCCUCAUUCUGUUCGGUGAUUUCCUGGUUACGAUCGGUCAGUUUGCGGCCAAUAUACCUAUCAUCGGACCAUAUAUUCAACAGGCUUUGGUUAUAUUGGCGGGACAGAGAAGGAAUGCCGAGUUGCCUGUUUGA